AUGCUACAGGAGAUAUAAUAGUUUUAUUAGGGAGGAUGCUUUUAGGACAUAAAAUACUUUGAUUAUAUUUUUUUAUUAGAUGCAUAACUAAGGAAUGGACUUCUCCUAAAAUUUUUGACAUUCCUCCAGUAGGUAGAAAUGGAUUCGGAGCUUUAGUAAUGGAGCAAGAUUGUAAAUAUUUGGUGGAUAUACUUUACAAGAAAUGACAAAUUUUUUAUUUGUAUUAGAUUUAGAAAGUAAAAAGUUGGAAUCAACUAUUUAGGCCAGGAAUAGCUCCGACACCAAGAGCAGGACACAAAAUGAUUUUGACAACCUUAGGUGGAAUAGUAUUUGGAGGAAUUAUGAACGAAAAAUACUCAAUUGAAGUAUAUAUUCUUGAUAUUGUUAAUGAGAAUCUGUUAAUAAAAGUAGUAAGUGGAGAUAUUCCUAUAGGGAGAGAGAAUUUCUCUAUGAUAUCCCAUCAUGGUGUUGCAUAUGUAUUUGGAGGAUAUGUGACUGGAGUAGUUUAAAGAUGA